UCACACACACACACACACACACACACACACACACACACACACUUAUGGACUUCAGCGAACACACACACACACAGGUCCAGUGAUGAAUAUCUGUCAGCUGCAGGUACAGGUGUAUUAUAAAGCGCACGACAACUGAUCUUUGGACAGUGAAAGAGGCUUUGAGCAAAACAGGGCUGCUGCAGGUGUUCUCAGAGCUGAUGGUUUGGAUUAUAGGACAGUAAACCCCUGAGUGUACGGUGGCAGAUCGACCUGCGAUUGUUAGGCUGACAGCAGCGGCAGCAGCCGAUUGAUUGUGUUGUUCCUCCGCUUUGGCUGAGCUUGGAGAAACAGCAGAUUUCAUUAAAGCUCCAAACAAACUGUGUGUUUUCAUGUGUUGGCAUCUCAAGCUGAAGAUAUUUUUGAUCACUGUCUGCUGGCGAUUCUUCCAUUGUUUUGGCUUCUUCAAGGCCACAUGAUAGCAUCUAGUGUGUGUUGUAAAACACCAUUACUUCCUUAUUCAUCAGCACUAUUUAAAUAUAAAUGUUACAUAUAAGGUAAAAUAAUAAAUACACAGCUAAAUCUUCCAAAUAAAAUAUUAAUAUUUUAACUCACCUAAAUCCAAACAUUUGAUUUUCGUUGAUAAUUUUUGUGAAAAAAUGUUAAAUAUAAGGUAAAAUAAUAAAUACACAGCUACAUCUUCCAUAUAAAAUAUUAAUAUUUUAACUGACCUGCAUCCAAACAUUUGAUUUUCAAUGACGAUUUUUGUGUGUUUUUGUUGUCAGUACAUUCAACUAUGGAAAGUAUUUAAUAAAAACAAUGAAUUAAUUCAGAUCUUCAUUCAGAAAUUCAUUCAGAACGUCUUACUUUAGUGUUCCCUUUAUUUUUUUGAGCAGUGGAUAUAAUGUAACUAUUUAAUGUAAAUAUUUUGAUUUACAUAUAGAGAUUUAAUAUUAUUUAACAUAGCGUACUACACAGGGAAAUAUGACUCUUAUCUCAUUAAAAUGUAUAAAGCUGCCUAGACUCAGUCAUCAAAAUUGGGUACAGUUUGAAAACACCAAUCAUUUCAGUACCUGUUUUAGCAUUUGAAAUAUCAUUGAACGCAAUGACCUCAGUCAGACAGUAGGUGGCACACUCCAUAGAGGUUGAGCAGAAGCUGUACAAGUGAAUGACCAAAACAACAACAGGUCAUUUCUUCAGAGUACACUUCUGAUUCUGUUCAGCCGUGGGUUGAAAUGGAUUUGGGUAUGAAGCAAAGCUUCUCCUUGAAGGAGAUGAAUGAGAUUUACAAGUUAAAGUCGCUUCAAUUACCUUGUUUAUUUAUUCCAUGGUGGCAACCGCCAAAAAUCAGUUUCCCCGAUGCACUAAAAGAAAGGCAAAAACAUUUGGAAUCAUCUUUAUUUUUAAUGAAACAUGAUCCAGUAUUUAUUUGAAAGACGCGGUGGCUCUUUCACACUGAUAGAUAGUUACUCAUAGGUCGCAUUUGAGUUUGGCAUUUUUGAAAGCAGCCCACGUGGACUGAGCUGCUCCGGUGGUGUGCGUCGACUCGAGUGCCAUCACAGGCGCUACGUUUCCUGACACUGUGGUGAGUGAGGAGGGCGCAGGCAGGCGACUCUGGAGUGGGGAUUGCUCAUGUGCAUCUGUCGUCCUCCUCCGCCAUUUCCAUUUUUAUCGAGCGGAGGACUUGUUUCCCCUCAUUGAGAAGAGCUGGGAAAUUGAAUUAAGGGUCUGCCUGACGUUUCAAUUAGCCUCCCCAUGCUCACUCAGCCAAGACUGAGAGUUUAAUCACAGAGAGUAGCGCGCUUGUGCCAACUCAAGCCGUGAGAAAGAUAGUUCCAGUGAGGGGAAACGCAGCUGCAAGUUCACGCGAUGAGGCGACGUCAGCCUUGACAUGAAAGGCUUAUGAGCUGGAGAAGAGCAACAAUGGUGGAGCCCACGGCUCAGCUCAGACUGAAGCACUUUCCAAUUGGUUUAUUUAUAUCCUUGCUGUUUAUUUUUAGAGCUGAUAUUUGACUGUAUAUUUAACAUUAAAGAAGGUAAAAUGCCCUUCAAUUACUUUCCUUCAUCCGAACAAGUCGCCUCUUUCUUUGCUUUUCACGGCUCUAAUUUUAACAGGGAGUGAGUUGAAAAGGCGCAGAUGAAAGCUACAGGACCGUCUUUUCAAAAGGCCUGUUGGUGUCGCGUCCUUUUGUUACGUUUGCCUUUAAAGUUUAAAAAUACAGAUCAAAACACGAAGCUUAUUGUAUUUAAGGGUUCCUUCUUCCUAAGCUGUCAAGUACACUGCAGUGGAGGGGGGAGGGGAGCCGAGCAUGAGUCAUGGAAUCUAAAGCAGAUAUACAGAGCAGAGCAAAGGAAUACUAGUUACCUGGAUGUCACUCCAGUUCUACGAGUGCAUGCGGCACCCUAUCGAAUCAGAAUCAACUUUAUUGCCAUGGUCAGUGGGGAUCCCACCAACUAGGAAAGUGCUUUCAAUAAAAUAAAAUAAAAUAAAACUGACUUUGCUAUUGAUUUAUCCCCUUUAAGGCACCGCCCCUGCCCUGUAAGAUUGUAACAUAAUCUCUGCCCACAAAGUAUUCCAUUGCAACAAUUAUAUAUAGCAUCUUUACUUAUCUUCAAGCGUAAGCUGGUUCUACUCUGUGAUCUCUCUGUGACAAAUGGUGUCACAAGUAGGAUCUACAAAGCAGGUUUGGCUCAAGUGAGGGUCACAUGAACAAAGGAGCUGAGAGGGUGUGAAACUCCAGAGAAGCUUGAACGCUGAUCCGUGACAGGAUGAUCCACGGAGGUGACAGGGUUUCCUUCCUGGCUUGUUAGCUUUGCAGCCAGUGGUCUAUCAUCGAUCGACAGGCCAAGAAGAAGAGGGUGGUCAAUGCUGUACUAAAAAAAGAUGUACCUGUGUCAGCUGGCCAUGUGGAGAACUACGUUCUGCUGCUGGUUCUGCUGAGCAUUUUCGCCGGGGGAACCCUGGUUCUGCUGUCCCUGCUGCUGCUGUUCUGCCAUCGCUGCUGCAUGAGUGGACGCCGCUACUCCAGAGCAAGCGAUGACCUGGAGAAAACCAACACGACAUACGCUGAUGAUUCACAGCCCACCCAAGAGAUUACAAUUCGUCUGGAUGAGUCAGACGCUCUCUCGGCGUCCAGCUGUCACGACGGCGAGUCGGAACGGUUCGUCUCAACCUGCUCCACCGGCCGCAGAGUCUCCUUCAAUGAAUCUGCUCUUUAUGAAAAGGAGAAGACGACCCAGGACAAAGGUCGCAGAUACACUCUGACUGAGGGCGACUUCCAUCAUCUGAAGAAGGCCCGGCUCACCCAUCUGCACUUGCCACCAGCACCAUGUGACCUCAAGAUCCUGACCAUCAUGGAGUGUGACUCCACAGAGAGCAGCACCAUCAAUAUCAAUGAGACCCCAGGGCCCAGGCUGCCCCUCACUAUCUACCAGCCUGCCGACCGACGGAUCCCUGACUGGGUGGGAGCAGGCCAGACCGGCGGUUUGCCCGGGGACCCCCAUCACUCAAUCAUCCUGGACCAGAGCCCCAAACAAACCCUGUCAGGCAUGAAGAGCAAACGCUCCCAGACUAUGGCAGCUCUAGGCGACAGAAAAGAUGCAGACGGGAUGCGAGGAGACUCGACUCUGGGCCAAACGUCGGUCCUCCAUUUCUUCUCCAAACUGCGACGCCACGCCAGCCUGGAAGGAGCCGCGCCUUACUUCAGGAAAUGGAAGUUUGACGGUGACCAGCGAGCAGCAAGUCUGGAUGCUAAAGGAUCCCCCAAGAGAAGACCGUUCCAGAGGCAGAGAGCAGCCAGCGAAAACACGGAUCACACAGAGGAGGACUUGUCGCCACUUCAGGACGAUGUGAUCGACUCUUUCCCACAAUCCCCUGCUCAGAGCGUUGGCCUUGAAUCUUUGUCUGCGGAGACUUUGUCUCAAUCUGCUGCUGCCCCUGCGUCUUCAGUCUUCCUCAGCAGGUUGGAUGUGUCGAGUAUCGGCAGCCGCGGCCUCAGAGACAAGCCACACCGCCACCUGAGUAGGGAAAACAUGGACAAUGGAACUGUCAUCGAGAUGGAAACGGAGUUCAAGACCGGCCAAGCGAGGGACCCAGCGGAAGGAGUCCGGUCUUCCUUCGAGCAGAACGACUUGUUUGAGCCACUUGAGAGUAAAGCUGCGGCGAUGGAGACAGACCAACCCGGAUCUGAUGCGGGAGGGAAGUGCGACAUGGAUGAUGCCGAGGAGCCGGUGUUGGGUGCCGAGGCGAGACAACGUGCCGACUCUGGCUCGUCCUUGUCUUUGAUGCUUCGCCAAGAGAGCACAGAGGCCCCGCCCUCUCUCUACAGAGAGAUCUGGAGCUUGCGGGCCUCUCUGGAGCAGUACGCCUCCUCUGACCAGAGCAGCACCGACCGGGAGUCCAUCCGCAGCGAUGCAGACAGUGUGUCUUCCGUUGGGACCGGUGCUCGGUCCGGGCUGGACAGCUGCCUCUCCCAGGAUCUGGAUGAUGAGCCUGAUGGGGAUGGAGAGGCUGUGGUGGGAGUGAGCAGACAGGCAACAGGGGGUGACACUGAAGGUGGAGGCGGAGGAGUGGGUGGAGAGGGCGAGCAGGGAAACCGGAAGCUCCUUCAAAUGGACAGUGGCUAUGCUUCCAUCGAGGCCCCUUCCAGGGCGCCCGAGGAGAUGAGGCUUUUCGGGACCCCCGGCGCUCCCCCUCGAGGGAAGACUGCGUCAGAGAGGCGGUUGUUUUUCACCAGCUCUGGACGGAAGGGCUCCGUGUGCGAGAGCAUCGAGGCCAAGCUGUUUCAGGAGGAGCUGGAGGACGAGAUGGCCGACAAGGCGGAAGAGAAGAAGCACCCGCUUUUAAAGAUGAAUUCACAGAAACCUUCGGAGGCCCACCUCAUGUCCCCGCUGAUCAAGGCCGUCUCUCUCCCUUCCAGUCCGCACCGCCCCCGUCUCCGCCGCCGUGACUACAGCAUCGACGAGAAGACAGACGCUCUUUUCAACGAGUUCCUCCGACAUGACCCCAGAUUCGACCUGCAGGACUCGCCGCACCGCGCCAGACAUCGCUCCAGAGUUCACCUCCGGAAGCAAUGGCAGAGACACAAGCAAUACAGCGACCCGGGGUCCAGCUCCGGUGGUCGCUACUCACCUUCCUUGGAGAAACAGAGGUUCACUCCCUUGCGGCGAGGCGACAGCGCCAGCUACCCGCUGGACACCAGGUACCACAGCACGCUGUCGCGCAUUGCUAGCGCCGCGGAUGAGGAAGCCAGCGAGAGCGCCUCCUGCGAGGAGGCGGCCAAGGAGAGCGCGGCGGUUCAGGUUGAAAACGCUGCACAUGUGAAAGAUCCCCCCAGAGACGAUUGUCACGUCACCCCAAAUAAGGACGUUAAAAGCACAAGCAGCUCGCCUGCCAAAACCCACAUGGACCCAAAGGUCGACAACAAAAACAACAACAGCAGUCAGUCGUUGGUGGCGGAAGCAGGGAGCUCCCUGGCGGAUAAGCUGGCCGCGUCAGUGGAGGAGAGGCUCUACGGAAACCUGAGGCAGGCAGGUGAGGAGGGGGAUUCCCUGCAGCUCCUCACGGCCGCGACAGACAGCUUCACUCCCAUGUAACCAGAGACUUCAUGACCCCUCCAUCGGCUCACCGCCCUCAUCUGCUCGACAAACAGAAGGCCUCAGCUGCUUCCUUGUCGCCAGGCUUGGAUACACUUUCCCUCACUCCUGACCAUCUGCCUCAAAUUCCAACCAGCUUUGUCACAGAACUUACUUAAUAUUGAUCGAUCAAGACGCACCAUCUUCCUAGUCAAGAACAAAUCCCUGAGAUACUUGAACUACUUUACCGUCCACUCCAUCUCUCACCCAGGAACGGACUCAUCAAGGCUUUCUUCCCUCUUUAUCAGGUAUUCAUUUAAAAAAAAAAAGCUAUUCUAAAGCGUCUAUUCUUUGAGCUCAUCCACAGAUUUCAAUAUUUUCAGAUAUAAUAGUGAAUUUCUAGCAUGCUUCUGUGUCUUAUGUGCGUGUGAAUACUGUACAGCUUUAAAAACAAAUGGCACUUUGAUGAGAAGAAAAGUAGUGAUAGAGUUUCUGUUGCCCAUUUCACUGGUUCCAACCAUAUCCUCCUCAAGUGUCCUUGUCUCUAUCAACAUGAAGCAUUAGUGGAUCUGUCAUAUAAUAAAACAAUAAUUACACAAGGCGAUUAAUAUGUAUCUUAAGCGACAUUUCAUCCACUAAUAGUCAACGGUGGGUUAGAAGAAAGUGUUUUGCCAGUAUUUUAAAUAUGGAAAAUAAACCGUGACACUUGAUAAGCUAUACAGACCUUACUCUUUGUUUCACUGAGGUAGAGAAAACUGCGUACAUUUGUGUUUUAAACAUUCCACGUUUUCCAGACUUUUUCAACAAUAAACUUAUUCAAUGAUGCGGAAACUUUUGUUUCUACUUCUGAAUAUUGGAUGAAGAUGGUAGUCAUAAAAAUGUGCUUAAAAAUUAGUUGAAUUUAGAAGAAAUGUAAUGAACAGCUACAGAAACAAAAUGUUUUUUUCGUCUGCUGUUUUGAUAAUACAAGCAGGAAGGUAUUUUACUGACAGGAUGGAGGCUUGCUGCUCCUCUGAGACGGAACAUUGAAUCGCUGCUGAGCAAACUGGUUUAGAGAAAUAUUGUUCUGCCUGUUAACACAGUCAUUUCCUUGUACUCGUCCAUGAAUGGAGGACCUCUGCGUCGGCUCUGACGUAGGAAGCUGCUUGCCCUCCCUCAGUGCUGUGACUCACCUGCUGGCGAGAGGCUGAACAAGAGUAAAGGGGAGAAGGGGCGGGGGGGCUAGGUCGCUCCCAUUGAUGUGUUCAGAACCACAUGCUCACGCUGACAGCACACCAGCUGUGGCCGGCCACUAGCCUCGCAUGUUAUUAAAGGAGCAUUCCACAGCCACUUUGGGACAUAUUUUAUAUAAAUAAUGCAAUUAAAAAAUAUCCAUUGGAAAAAAAAAAAGAAAACAAAAUAAGCCUAAGUGGAAAUUAAAAAUCCCCAACAGGUGGAUCAGUCUGUCGGUCGCACCACAAGCCGAGCUCGUGGCCUCUUCAGCUCUGUACAGCAUGCAGGUUUAACACGAUGGUAGUAGAUAUUUGCGCUCAUCACAAGUUUAAAUACAGAAUUAUUCAUGACUUUUUUCUGCUUUAAUCUUUUUUGAAACACCACAAUGUGCCUUAAAAACGGUCAUUAAGGUUCUGUAAAAAGAUCAAGGAGGUAAAUAAACCGAGGUGUCAGUGUUUUUAACGUCCAGUGCAGCACUCGUCCUUCGCAGAGGAGGAUGACUAGGGGACUAGAGGACGUGACUGGAUGACAACAGAUGUAGAAGAAGGCAUAAUCUGGGAGAAAAAGGAAAAAAAAAACAUCCUAACAGCCAAUCCAGUCUCAGAGCAAAGAACAUUUCAUGCUGUUGUCCUCAUCUUCUAUCAUGCCACAUCAA